CUAGGUUGUCGCUGUGCUAACUGGUUAGGAGUGGCAAUAUCCAUCGUCUGAAGGGUAAACUGCUCAAGUCUCCUUGUUUGCAAAACACAGAGUAGAGAUCAAGGCAGAGGGCCAAGUCAGAAUCCAUCAAAAUAGCUUGGUGAAGAAAUCUGCUUUUAAAGAGCUUCCUGGACCAAUUGGUAAGAAAUUGAUCCGCAUGGCUACAACAAGAUUUUGGGGAGUGCUGGACCGCAUUUGCAGAAUCCUGGGGAUUGUAACUGCUGCAGUUCUUCUGGGAGUGGGGAUAGAUACUGCAGUUCAAGGGCAGUUCAUGAAACUGGCUGCUUACUUGCUGUUUGCUGCCACAGUCCUCAUCAUUUUGGAAAGCCCAUAUUUCAUUGGCAUUGUGUUUGUCCAACACUGUCCGAUGUUCUUUGAUAAAACGGAUGGCAAGAUUUGGAAUCUCUGGAAGAAGGCUAUGAGGCCUAAUGGUUUACAGAAAUUUCUUAUUUUCAUCUUUCUGUCCGUGGCUUGCUUCUUACACCCAAUUCUUAUUUGGCAUGCAACUAUUCCAGGCGCCAUGCUGAUAGUGAGUGGUCUUGCCUACUUUUUGUUGAACCUGAGGAAAAGGUGUCAUCAGGAUGUACCCAACAUGCCAAACGCACAGGGAUGUUCCCGGGACUAUAUCAAUGCCGUGACCCUGACAGAUGCUGGGCAGAUGGAGCAAACAUACAGCUUCCCUCAUGGCAUCACAAAGAAGAAGUUAGCUGUGGUCAGCUACGUGUGCAACGUCUUUAGAGUCAACAGCAAAAGACCUCUCUCCAAUGAAAGUGUAAGGACACUUCAAGAAAGUACUUUUGGUAAGCUGAGCACAUAUACAAAGAACAAACAUGCAUUAUUUGAGGAAAGUCGUGUUAAAAUUAUCCCAUCUGAGCCUGACAGCCUGGAAGAGCAUGAAAUGGAAUCAGAAGAAACCACGUCUGACAAAGCAACAAUUAUGCCAAAGUGAGGGUUUAUUCCAAACCACUGUAUAUACACAUCCCAAAACACAGCCGUUAUGAUUGAAUACGGACAUCAACUUCUAAUAACUUCAAAGUAGAAGCCAAAAGAAAGCUUUGCCUUUCUUUAGAGCCUUUCACAUAUCCAGGAUAUCUGAGAACAAUUCAUGGUCACUCAAUGACUUUUUGAGGUGUAGUCACUGUUGUUUUGAUGCCAAACACUGCCAUUUGUGCACAGCAAGCUCCCACAAUAAGAUAAGGUGGAAGUUAGUUUUUUUUGUUGUGUUGUUUGGACAAUCAAUGGCUAGACCACCAUGAGCAAACGUGCCAUUGGGAUCGUUUAUGCUUAACUGAACAGUUCUGGAAUUCAGGUUAAUGCUUUAUUUGAUAGGCUCUGACAAUGCAAUGCUCCUCAAUAUCGCAGCCAAAUUCAGGAUUAGAGUUUGAAGCGUUACUUUCUGGCGCAGGGUGACAUUGAUGCUUAUAACUAAUGCCACUGGAUACUUAAUUGUAAAAACAAGACUGUGAUUCACUAGGGACCUGAUUGUUGCAUCCCAACAUUGGGAUAGGGGAACAAUGGGGAAUGGUGCCUACUGAAAGCAAGUUACCCCUCUACAGGAAGGGGAGUGUGACAGUAGGAUUGUAAACGGAUGGUUGUAAUUCAUCUUUGUGUGACAAUUUCAGAAUCAGCAAUGUAUUCAUGCAUUCCAUUUGCACAGUGCAACAGGGAAGAAAAACAAAGGAAUUUCAUAUUCACUAAUACACAGACUAUAAGGAGGGUAAUUGUCACAAUCUGCAAUGAAGUCAUAAGCACAUGAUUAUGGAAUGCAUUUACAAUCUCACCAUUUAUAGUGGCUAGAACACACCUUCUCAUGUUCUUCACUUACGUUUAUAACAUAAAGGAGAAAAUUCGAGAACAGUUCAUUGGAUGAAGAUAGCUGAUGACUUCACUGCUAAAUAUGAAAAAGUUAACAUUGAGAUCACUUCUUUGUUCUGGAGCAUUGUUAUCCCUUUUGAAUUCUUUUUUGUGUUUCACCCCCAUCACUCCCCUUUUUAAUCUGUCAUACAGUAAAAAAGAAUAUUCUGCCUACAUUACCAAUGAAAAUAUUGUUUGCUCUGUUCUGUAAGAGCUCAUUUCAGAAAUGGUGUAAACUUGCAUCCAUUUGGAAACAAAGAAGGUAGGAGCAGGAGUAGAACAUUUGGCCCAACAAACCUUUUCCACAAAUCAAUGUGAACAUGGCUGAUCAUCCAACUCAGUCCCCUGCUCCCAUUUGUGCUAUACAUUGAGUAUUUUCUCCCUCACUUGGGGGAACAGAGUCCACUUCAACCUCCUGUCCCUCUGUCCUACAGCAGCUAAUGCUGUUCAGCCUGACCUCAUUCCUUUCUCCCAUUCAUCCUUCCUUUAUAGCUUUAAAUUGAGGGGUGAAAGAUAUAGGACAGAUGUCAGAGGUAGUUUCUUUACUCAGAGAGUAGUAAGGGAAUGGAACGCUUUGCCUGCAACGGUAGUAGAUUCGCCAACUUUAGGUACAUUUAAGUCGUCAUUGGAUAAGCAUAUGGACGUACAUGGAAUAGUGUAGGUUAGAUGGGCUUGAGAUCGGUAUGACAGGUCAGCACAACAUCGAGGGCCGAAGGGCCUGUACUGUGCUGUAAUGUUCUAUAAACCAAGGGAAACCCCAACGAGAUGCUAAUGCUCAAGCCUUCACUCUCUUCUACUGGUUCCUAAUAGGAAUCCAGUAAGUAGCAUCUCACUUUUUAGACAAAGUUCUCAACUAAUUUCCAGAAUAAGUGCCAAUACAAAUUUAGCAAAUGUCUCAAUAAGUCUCCCCUUGUGUUUCAAAAGUCCUCUUCAAACACAUGAGGCAACUGGAAGCUUAAAAGGUGGUGUAUCUUCAGAUAAUAGUCUCAGCAAUGGUUAAUGUACUUCUCUCCUGCUGGUCACCAUUGGAAGGCAUUAGGAUACCCAAAAUAGGUGUGCAGCCUUUGUAGUGAGAGCUAGCAGUUAAUUUAAUUGUCAGCUGGAUCCUCAAUUAUCCCCCAGCAGCCCUUCCAAACUUGACUUCAAUUCCUUACCGAGUUGGAGUUCUGCAUGAAUAUAGGUUAAACCACCAAUUCAUCUCUUCAAUCUAAAGGUACUGGAGCAAAUCACAUCCACUCCUCCUUUCCAACUGUCUCGUGGGUUAGCACUGUGAUAGAUGCCCACACUGUUGAAAAUUACAUCCGUGGGCUAUAUAUUAUGGAUCUAACAUAGCUCUAACAUAGCAGAUGCACCAGAUGCAGAAUAUGAAGGCAUGGCUCCCCACAGUGAAUUCAGUCCUUACAUUCCAAUGGUUGAUUCUAUUGGAAAUAUUUGCAACCUAAUCAAAAGAUAUCAAAGCCUGAUUAAUGUUGUAAAGCAUUCCUUUGAAGGUCAUUAGUCAGUAAGUAUGAAGGAACUGAGUUGGAUUUUCCCUAUGGGAAUGGGAAAUAGAAGUCUAAGGUGAUUUCUGGUUUCCAACCUUGUCUCAGAGGUGCCAAGCGAUAGUCUCUUACGAGCAGCACUGGCUGUGUACCUAGACCACACAGGCUGCAGAGGCUUAAAAACACAGCUUGACACCACCUUCUCAAGGGCAAUUAAAUACUGUCUCAGCCAAUGAUGCCCACAUCACAUGAAAGAAACUUUUAGAAAAAGACCUUGAUUUUUCCCUCUCAAUACACAAGCAAGACACAAAGUACAAGAAAGACUUUUCUUUAUAGUUCUUCAGACAUUGAUGCCUUUGUUCCUUUUCAGUAAUUAACCUCUCUGCUUACAGUUCAAAGAUUAUCGUUGGUAAUUAACAGCUUGUGGAAUAUUCCUCUGCAUCAUUUAAUGGUGACAUUGUCCUAGUUAAAGUAAACGAGUUAAUUCCACAGAAUUAUGCACAUGUUAAGACAAUGAUUGAGGAAUGCCCAAUAGGUGCACUAAGCAUUUGUCUGCAGUUAUUUACAAGCUGUUCAUACAUUCUGUACAUCAGGGGUUCUCAACUGGCUAUCUAUCAGAAUGUUUCCCUUAACAAGUCUUACAUGGGCUAAAAAGCACUGCUGGAUAUCAAAGAGCAACCUCAGAACAAUGCUGCCUCCUAGUGGUCUACCAGGAACAUCAAAUUCAAUUCUCUCAAGUUGAAUGCAGUUUCUAUCUCUGCUUUAUUCACUUUAAUCAUUAUUCGCUUCAUUCAUCCUUCAGAUUUAUACUGUAAGUAUCAAUGUCACAUCAAUACAUUUUGCAGUUAAGAUCCCUUGCACAUAAUUGAUCAGCUUCAUGUUGAAAGAUAAGUGAAAUCAGAGUCUUCGACCCCAGGGGCUCCUGAGAAUCAAUACUUAAUAUAUCAAACUCCUCAGAAAAGAUCCAUACAAAGGCAAGGAGUGUAUUGAGGGAGAGUAAAGUGAGAAAUCAGUCUUCUCAGAUCUGUCUAGUUGCUGUGAAUUAAAGACCCUAACAGAUACAUUUAGAACUAGAUAUUUCAUUAUUGACGCAGAAUGAGGAAGAGAUAGGCAAUUAACCAUACUCCACAGAGGACGGUAGACAUGUUUCGUCAUUAGAUGAUUGAUAACAUGAACCAAAAACAAGACAAAGGAAUAUCCCAUAGAUGCGUCAAGCAUUCAUAUGCAGUCAUUUACAAGCUGUUAACGCAUUCUCUGGGGCAGGGUCAAGAAAGAAAUACAGGGUUGAGGUAUUGAUUCCAAACUCUAUCCCUGGCAGGCAGAGUCAAAUGAUCACCUGAAGAUGGUUUAGUGCACAUUGAUAGAGGAAAAGAAACUCAUAUGUAUCAUUGAUCCAUUGGAGUUUACCCAGAAUCCAGAGGCCAGAUCCCAACUGGGAGCAUUGGAAAGACUUGAACUACUGUGUUCAAUUCCAGUCUCCCUGCUUCAGGAAAGAGGUAUUUAAAUGUGAAAGGAUGCAGAAAAGAUUUACAAGGAUGCUGGAGGGUUUGAGCUACAGAGGGAGGCUGAAUAGGUUGGGGCUAUUUUCCCUAGAGCAUCGGAGGCUGAGGGGUGACCUUAUAGAGUUUUAUAAAAUCACAAGGGGCAUGGAUAGGAUCCAUAGCCAAGAUCUUUUUCCUGUGGUAGGGCAUUCUAAAACUAGAGGGCAUAUGUUUAAGGCGAGAGAAGACAGACUUAAAACAGACCUAGGGAGCAACUUUUUUAUGCAGAGGGUGGUGUGUGUAUGGAAUGAGCUGCCAGAGGAAGUGGUGGAGGCUGGUACAAUUACAGCAUUUAAAAGGCAUCUGUAUGGGUAUAUGAAGAUGAAGGGUUAGAGGGAUAUGGGCAAAAUGCUGGCAAAUGAGACUAGAUUUAUUUGGGAUAUCUGCUCAGCCCAGAGGAGUUGGACCAAAGGGUCUGUUUCUGUGCUGUACAUCACUAUUGGUGGAUGUUCAGGGUAAUGCCCCCAGUUGAUCCCCUCCCAAGCUUUAGAGUUUCCUCUUUAUGCAACUGCAUCAACACAGCCUCAUAAUACACAGGAUUGAUGGCAGAACUCCGGCCACCUUGAUGUUCACAUUGUAUGAACCAAGGUUCCCUCACUGCUGACUAGAAGAUGCGAAAUACACAAGCUUAUGUCAGGAGCUACAUCAGACAUACUUUCACCUUGGGAUUGAUUCUCCAUCAGAGUUAUUUAAUUACAGUCUGCUUUUGCCCAGAGUCUUCUCUCCAUGAAGCAAGUUCUCCAUAUUUGUCCGAAGUCUACAUCAUAACUUGAUGGUGAAUGGAGUAAAGGGACUCAUUCUGAAUUCAUUCACGGGAUGUGGGCAUCACUAGCCAGGCCUGCGUUUAUUGUCCAUCCCUCAUUGCCCAAAAGGCAAUAAAGAGUUGACCACAUUGCUGUAGGUCCAGAGUCAUGUGCAGGUCAGACCUGCCAAGGAUUGCAGUUUUCCUCCCUAAAGGGCAUUAUCAAGCCUUUCCCAACAAUAGUUCCGUGGUUCAUCAUUAGAAUCUUAAUUCAAGAUUUUUGUUAAAUCCAAAUUCCACCAUUUGGUAGGACUCAAACCCAAGUCUCUGGAACAUUAGCCGGGUCCUUGGGUUAAUAGAUUAGUGACAAUACCACUCGGCCAUCACCUCCCCCACUUUGAGCAUAUCCGAGAGUUUAAAUUUCCAUACAGGGAGUGGCAGGUGGAGUUUAAGUUAGAUAAAUGUGAGGUAUUGCAUUUUGGUAAGAUGAACAAGGGCGGUACUUAUAUAGUCAAUGGUAGGCCCCUGGAGAGUGUUGUAGAAUAGAGAAACUUAGGGGUUCAGGUACAUAAUUCUUCGAAAAUUGCAUCACAAUUAGGGUGAUUACGAAGGUGUUUGGCACACUUGGAUUCAUUGCUCAAACCACUAAGUACAGAAUAUGGAAUGUCAUGUUAUGGUUAUACAGGACAUCAGUGAGGCCACUUUUGGAGCACUGUGUACAGUUCUGGACUCCCUGCUACAGAAAGCAUAUUGUUAAAUUGGAGAGAGUGUAGAAAAGCUUUCUAAGGAUGUUACCAGAACUGAAAGGUUUGAGUUAUAAGGAGAGCCUGGGGCUUGUUUCACUAGAACAUAGGAGGUUGAGGGGUGAUGUAACAGAAGUUAAUAAAAUCAUGAGGGACGUAGAUGAAGUAAAUAGCAAAGCUCUUUUCCCUAGGGUAGGGGAGUUCCAAACUAGAGGGCAUAUUUUUAACAUGAGAGGGGAAAGAUUUAAAAGGAACCUAAAGGAUAAUAUUUUCACACAGUAGGUGGUUCAUAUGUGGAAUGAACUACCACAGGAAGUGGUCAAUGCAGGCACAGUUAAAAGACAUUUGGACGGGUACAUGAAUGGGAAAGGUUUAGAGGGAUGUGGGCCAAAUGUAGGCAAAAGGAACUAGUUUAGUUUGGGAUCAUGGACAAGUUGGUCUGAAGGGUCUGUUUCUAUGCCCUAUGAGUCUAUCUGGAUGGACCUACUGCUCGGCACCAGCAGCAAGUUUCACAUUAAAUAAAUUAAAAGUAAAGUAGCAAUAAAUACAUAAGUUUAACUGCAACUUUAAUCUGGAAAAAAAGUUGCACAUUCCAAAGAAGAGCCAUGUUAGACUUGUCAUAUUAAUUCUGUUUCCAUAGAUGUUGCUGGGACCUGCUGAGUUUCUCCAGCAUUUUCUGUGCUCAUUUUAGAUUUCCAGUGUCUGUAGCAUUUUGUUUUUAAAAAGUGGCUGGUGUUGUAACACGUGGAACUUUUAUAACAUGAGCAGCGGUAGGUGGGGUUACUGCCCAUGUAAAACAAAAGAUUGAAAACCCCUGCCUUGGGGGAUUGAUUUACCAGCAGGUAAGUCUAGUCUAUUAAUAACAUUAAUUGGGAAACCGUUGUCAAUUUUUCACAGAUUACCUGUUAAAUAUUUGACGCUCAAAGGCAGGGGUAUUAUCCCUGCCUCUGAGCCUGGAGCUCAGGUCAGACCUGCUCCAGAAGUGUGAAAUAACAUCUCUGUGAAUAGGUUGAUUACAAAACAGCUCAAAGUAGGCAGUACCAGAGCUUCCCUACAAUGCAAUAGUGGUUAUUCUCCAGUCAUUCUGAAGCAUUUUGGCACAUACUAAAGACAUGGCACAAGCAAAUAUGUGUCUUAUGUUACUUUGCAUGGAAUAUUUGUUCCUGCAAAUGCAAACAAAACAGGUGCAAAACCAAAACACUACUUAAAAAUUGUUUCUUUUUUAACGAUGUGCAAAAUUUCUAAGUGAUGUUCAUGAAACACCGAAUGUGGCAAUAAUAUAGAAUUUCUGGAACUGGCCGCCUGUUUGUCCUCUCAGAACAUCCUAAGUUCCUAAUGACAGGAAACGUGCUGAGUCAUUUAUAAAGGUUAGCUCUUAUGGCUUUUACAGACCAAAAAUUGUAUAAGUAUCUUUAAUUAGACUGAGUUGCGGAGGUUGGGGGUGGG